GUGAUAGUAAUGGCGUUGUGAGGUUGCUGCAUGUGGAGAACUGAAGCUGUGAGCCAGUUUGAAAUGGGAUCCUUGGUUGUGACCAAUUCCCGGAUCUGCAUCAGGUACCUGUGCCCGCUGAUCAGACGCCCUCUUAACCACCAGUGUACCCAACAAACACCUAAACGCCUGAAUAUUCAACAGUACUGCACCAAAAAUGACAGAAAUCCACCCAACUUCACCCCCAGAGCGAGAACAUCGUUCCCGAGGUCGGUGUUCGCCGCAGGUCACGCCAAGCGAACUGCUGAGCUGAUGAAGCGGAAGUCUGGGGCAGAUCAGGAUCAGGAUGCCAGUCUGGGCUCAGAGAGGGGCAGAGCUGCUUUGAGAGAGGAGAUUCCUGAUCACCCGCUGAGCGUGUCUGAGUGGAGGAACCUGAAGGAGAACUCGUCCAAGCAGGAGCGCUUCGAGCUGAAGAUGAUGGAGAGCAUGCUGUCCGUCGGGACCGACAUCGACGUCGCCAAAUCCCUCCUGAAUUUCGUCGCUGUCGAGAGUGGCACCCUGCCCUACGAGCUUCUGCUGAGGUUCCUGACGCUCUGUGUCUCCGGUGGGCAUCGCGCCGAGGUCUCGGACGUUUAUGACAUCAUGAGGGGCUGCUACAAGACGCUGGACACCGGGGCGUACAGUCUGCUGGUGAAAGGUCUGAGUCAGACCGAGCGCUGGAGGGAAACCCUCGGCAUCCUGGACCAGAUCAAGAAAGUCAUCACGCCCUCGUCACGUAACUAUGGUGACGCUAUCUCCGGGGCGUGUCUCCAUGGUGACAGGGAUACAGCGUGGAGGUUGUAUCGUGAGCUGAUGGAUCAGGGACUGACGGCCAGUCAGGAGACGUGGAGGUGUCUGUUCGAGAGCAGCGAUGAUCAGCGUGAGGAUAAAGACGAGCUCAUGUCCGUCCUGAACUACAUGAGAGAGAAUCAGAUUUAUCCAGACGAGAGACUGGCCAAAAGUAUAAAGACGUGGUUCGAAAGUGAACCAGAUGAGAAAUGGAGAGGAACGUUCUCCUCCGUGGAUCUCAGAGGAGUGUGUAGGAGUUGUGCUGCAGACCUGGAGUCCAUCCGGCUGACGGAGGAGGAAUACGCUCAGCUCAAACACAGAGUCGUGCAGGACGUGAUCGAGGGCAGAGACGUCUUCAAUAAGACCACACCUGAGGAGCUCGAGAGCUUCAAGAACUUCGCGAAGAACAGAGCUGCGUUCGACGUGGUCAUCGACGGUCUGAACGUGGCCAACCUGAACCCCAAGUGCACCAAGUCAGAAACCUUGUUAGCCGUGGUUUCAGAGCUGGAGCAACAAGGACUGAACAUCCUGGUACUGGGCAGAAAGCACAUGCUCCACCCGUCCCGAAACUGGGAUCGACACCACAUGAACCAGAUCAAACACAAAGCUCACUGCUUCUUCACCGAGAACAUCUCAGAGGAUGACCCGUUUCUGCUCUACGCCGCACUGCAUUCUGGGAACCACUGUAACUUCGUGAGUCGGGACCUGAUGAGGGACCACAAAGCCUGUCUGCCCGACAGCGCCACCAGGCGCCUCUUCUUCAAGUGGCAGCGCGGGCAUCAGCUGGUACUCAACAACUACGUUCCCGGAAAGAAGGUUCAAUUUCAGAGGACGUCGACCUAUGAUACGAUAGUGCAGGGCACUGGGCACAGCUGGCACAUCCCCUACGACGAGGACGGAGGAGAGAGAAGCACGUACGAAGUUCCGCAGAGGUGGUUAUGUCUCAAUAAGGAGCUUUAAGAACUUCUCAGCUCUGUUCAUCAUGACUGUCAGAAUCAAUAAAAUAAUAAUUUCACAACAA